CCGGCCACUGAGGAGACGCCACGUUGGUCUAAGGACGGUGGACUCGGCGGCGGGUAUCCCUUCACUUUUUUCCUCCCCACGUUCGACUCCCGGCCCGCAUCCCCACGUGUCUCCGCCCGCAGAUACCUUAGACCCUCGAGCACCUGUGGACGGACGCGCAUCUCCUUGUAACGAGAACUGACGGAGAUAUAAGCAUGAGGUUGGCGGCAGGGUGGUAUGGCGGCCCUGCGGCGGUGGCGGCAGCGGUGAUGGUGGCGCUGCUGGCGAUGGCGGGCGGCGGCGAGGCGGUGACCAUCAUGAGCAUUGACUUCGGCACGGAGUGGAUGAAGGUGGCGGUGGUGGCGCCUGGCGUCCCCAUGGAAAUCGCGCUGAACAAGGAGUCUAAACGGAAGACCCCCAUUGCUAUCGCCUUCCGCAACAAUGAGAGGACCUUCGGCGAGGACGCGCUGACCAACGGUGUGCGCUCCCCCCCCUCCAACUACUUCUACCUGCUGGACCUGCUGGGGAAGCGGGUGGAGGGCAGCGCCGUGGUGGAGGUGUUCCGUCAGCGGUUCCCCUUCUACAACAUUGAGGCCGAUCCGGAGAGGGGGACCGUUGUGUUCAGGCAUGACAGCAACACCACCUACACCGUUGAGGAACUGGUCGGGCAGCUCCUGGGACACGCCCGGGACUUGGCUGCUGCCCACACCGACCAGCGGAUCAAGGAUUGCGUCAUCACAGUCCCGGCCUUCUUCAACCAGGCUGAGCGACGAGCCCUCCUGACUGCCGCCCAACUCACAGGCCUAAAGGUCCUGUCCCUCAUGUCAAGCAAUGCCGCUGUGGCUCUCAACUACGGCAUGUUCCGGCGUAAGGAGGUCAACGGCACCGCCCAGCACAUCCUCUUCUACGACAUGGGCGCCUCGUCCACCACCGCCACCAUCGCCGCCUACCAGACCGUCAAGAUCAAGGAGCGCGGGUACUCCGAGACCAACCCCCAAGUCACCAUCCUCGGAGUGGGGUACGACAGGCUGCUGGGGGGUCUGGCCAUGCAGCUCCGGUUACGGGACCACCUGGCGAAAAAGUUUGAGGAGGUGAAGAAGACGAAGAACAGCGUCUACGACUCGCCGAGGGGCAUGGCUAAGCUGCUGAAGGAGGCCGGGCGCAUGGCUAAGGUGUUGUCGGCAAACUCGGAACACCUCAGCCAGGUGGAGGGCGUGCUGGACGAGGAGGACUUCAAGCUCCACAUCAAGAGGGAGGAGUUCGAGGAGAUGUGCGCCGACAUCUUCGAGCGAGUGCGUGCGCCCGUCGACGCUGCCCUCAUCUCCGCCGGCAUGGACAUCUCCACCAUCGACCAGUUCAUCAUCGUGGGCGGCGCGACUCGCAUCCCCCGCAUCCAGCAGAUCCUUCAGGAGCUGUGGGGCCGCGAGCUGGGGAAGAACAUCAACGCGGACGAGGCUGCGGCCAUGGGGGCUGUGUACCGGGCCGCCGACCUGGGCCAAGGGUUCAAGGUCAAGAAGUUCCACGUGAAGGAGUCUGUGCUGUUCCCGAUUGAGGUCGACUUUGAGCGGAAGGUCGAGAAUGCCGCAGCCGCCACCGCCGACCCCAGUGACCCCCCACCGCCGCCCAUGUCGAAGGUGGUGAAACGCUCGCUCUUCGCCGUGGGGAACAACUAUCCGCAGAAGAAGGUCAUGACAUUCAACAAGCACACAGCGGACUUCUCCUUCGCCGUCAACUAUGGGGUCAACGAACACCUCCCCAAGAACGAGCUCAGAAUGGCCAAUGUGCAGAAUCUGUCAACGGUGGAGGUCUCGGGCGUGACAGCGGCCUUUGAGAAACAAGUGGCCGAGGGUGCCGACCCCAAGGGCAUCAAGGCCCACUUCCACAUGGACGACUCGGGGGUGCUCUCGCUGGUGGGCAUGGAGGCGGUAUUUGAGAAGCAGGUGAUGGAGGAGGUUGUCGGCGCCCCUGCCAGCGAGGAGGAGGAAUCCACUCUCUCCCGCCUGGGCAGCACCAUCAGUAAGCUCUUCACAGGCGCCGAAGAAGAGAAGGAAACCGAGGGGAAGGAAAACCAGACCAAGGAGGAAGGAAAAUCCGAGACGACCAACAAAAACAAAGAGGAGAAGGAAGAGAAGAAGAAGGAGAACAAGGACAAGAAGAAGGAGGAGAAGGAGAAGGAGGGGGAGGAGAAGAAGAAGGAGAAGAAGGAGAUGAAGAGCAAGCAGGUUGUGGUGAAGGAGGAACUUAACUUCACGGUGACCUAUCUUGACCUCCCUGAGAUGACCCCGGAAGCCAUCAAGUUGUCCCAGAAGAAACUCCAGGACAUCAGCGCACUAGAGGAGGCCCGUCACGAGAAGGAGGCCGCCCGCAACACACUCGAAAGCUACAUUCUCGACGCCCAGGACAAGCUGUAUCAGGAGGAGUACGAGGCAGCUUCCACCGACAAGCAGAGGGAGGAUGUGCGGCAACUCUGCUCCCAGCUGGACGAGUGGAUCUACGACGAGGGGUUCGACCAGCCCGCCCC